CAGUUAUAUAUGAGGAGGGAAAAAUAAAAAUAAAUUAUAUAUAUAUACCUAUAUAAGAGGACGUCAGGGUGGUACUUUCUCUCAAAGUCGAACACGUAAUAUUUAUCUAGACGUCUUCCCCAAAGCUCUCUAUCAACUACCGGGAUAGGAGCCGAAUCUCGACCUCGGAAGUUAAGUAGAGAGGUUCGUUCGGCUGUUAACCCGACAAAGAAGAUCGUACAUACAUAUGUUUACCCCAUCCUCGGGGUCCAUUCCGGAUUCCGACGGUAGUAUUAAUACUUUUGAGUACCGUAUAAGCAUGCAUAUUAAGAAGGAAGUAAAUAGUACUCUCAAAUCAGUCUCAUAAUUACCUACCUAUCGCAGCUACAUUCAGCAUCAGGAUAGGAUGCUACCUUCCACGACCGAGGUCCUCAUCUGCGGCGCUGGAUCAGCCGGUCUCUGUGCCGCUGGGUGGCUAGCGCGUUAUGGACUGGAGUGCACAGUCUUGGAAUCAUCGGACGGUCCUCUAAAGUUGGGAAAAGCCGACGGAGUGCAAUGUCGGACAGUCGAGAUUUUUGAGAGUCUCGGUCUAUCAGACCAGCUACUACGUGAAUCGUACCAUGUCAACGAGGUCACCUUCUGGAAUGCAGGCGAGAAGGGAAUCGUGAGAACCAGCCGAACGGCAGAUACCCCGACAGGGCUCAGCCACAUGCCACAUGUGAUCCUUAACCAAGCGAGGAUCAACGGCCUGAUGAUCGAAUAUAUGAAAAAGUGGAAUAAUCAGCAAGACAUUAACUACGGCUGGGCGGUUACCAAUGUGCACGUUGACAAGGUCUCCCAAGACGAUCUGGAGGCGUAUCCUGUUACUGUGACCGCUCAGAAAGACGGGGUAGAGCACAAGAUCAAGGUGAAAUAUGCGUUGGGUUGUGAUGGUGCCCAUAGCACAGUCCGCAAGUGCCUUGGCUAUACAAUGGUCGGAGAUACGACGGAUUCUGUCUGGGGUGUGAUGGACGUUUACCCUCAGACGGACUUUCCCGAUAUCCGCAAGAAAGCAGCUCUUAAAUCUGCUGCUGGAUCAUUGCUGAUCAUUCCCCGUGAGGGAGGAUCUAUGGUCCGUCUCUAUAUCGAGCUUCCUCAUGGAACCAAGCCCAAAGAAGUCCGCCUCGAUGACCUCCAGGCUACUGCAAAGCGUAUCUUCGCCCCGUACUCUCUUGAGAUCGUUGAGACAUUCUGGUGGUCUGCAUACAGUAUUGGCCAGAGACUCUCUGAUCAUUUUGACAAGGAUUACCGCGUUUUCCUGACCGGUGAUGCUUGCCACACCCAUUCUCCCAAGGCCGGCCAAGGAAUGAACGUCUCUCUUCAAGAUGGAUACAAUAUUGGUUGGAAGCUGGCCCACGUACUCAUGCGUCGGGCCAGCCCAAGCUUGCUGCGCACGUACACAUUCGAGCGUUCAGAAGUCGCUGCGAAUCUCAUUGCUUUCGACCGCGAAUUCACUCGGCUUUUCAGCCAAAAGCCAACCUCGACUGACGCCCCUGAUAGUUUCUCCAAGUACUUCAUCCAGUCAGCCAACUACACGGCCGGACUCACUUCGAAAUAUAAAGACUCUCAAAUCACAGAUUCUGCGAACAGCAAGCAGGAAUGUGCUCCAAAAAUCGUUGUCGGUAUGCGUCUUCCAACCGCGCAAGUGGUGCGCCAUUCCGACUCGUACGCAAUGCAACUGCUUCGAGCACUGGUCAGCGAUGGCAGAUGGCGUCUUAUCUUGUUCCCAGGUGAUAUAGCGAAGCAGCAAACCAGAGACAGGCUCCACAAUGUGGCGAAAUACCUAGAGAGUGAAAAGGGACCAGUUCGCAGCUUAACUCCGCGCGACCAGGACCUAGAUUCAGUCAUUGAAGUCCUCUUAGUCGUCAAGGGCGACAGGUCCGCAUUGGAGCAGAAAGAUAUCCCCGAGAUUUAUCGUCCUGUGUAUGGAAAGUGGCGUAUGAGAGAUCCGCAUAAGAUUUACUUCGAUGAUGAAAGCCACAACCACGGCCACGGCCACGCCUAUGAGACUUAUGGCAUCGACCCAGAGCGUGGUGCGCUAGUAGUCGUGCGACCUGACCAAUAUGUCUCCUUGGUAGUUGAUCCAAACAAUGUCGAGGCUAUUGGUAAAUUUUUCCAGGGCUGGGCAAAUACCCCGACUGCGCGACUGUAAAAAAACACCAAGAACGCACUACAUCCUUUUAUUCAUGAUGUAAAUAUGUACCACGAUAUAUCUUCCCUGUUCUAGAUGCAUGAUAGCGUCAGAUAUACUGGAUAUACAAGUAUGGCAUGCACAGCAUUUUAAUCUGCCAAUCUGAACGGAUGCCAAACCUAAAAAUAUAUUAAUUACCCGAUCGACGAUCCUGGCAAGCC